AUGCAAUCGCAGGCAGUCGGAAGCAUCCACGGCGUGCGGCGUUGGGAGGGUGAUGGUCGGAAGUUUGGGUUGGGAAGCGGAAUGGAAAUUGCACGAUGGAAGAGCGCCACAUGCACGAAGUCCACCGAGGGUCCCGGCAAAUCAUUCACCCGCAAUGUUCACUACGAAGUGAAAGAGAGGAAUAAGCGGUCGGCGAAGAUUCUGCCCAUCAAUUCUCCCGAUACAACUCCACAGAAGCGGAUCUUGGAGAGAUUCAGGAACAAUCCCGAGGCGUUCUGGCAACCCCCCGUCGACGAUACCCACGCACAACUGGGCCGACGGCUCUCUUGUGUGACGAUAUAUCUCCUGUCCAAAUCGGACGAUAAAUCCGCCGCUCCGUCUGGUAUCACCACGUUCAUUCAAGGACCUAUCGGUGAUACAGAGCGCUACGCAGGGAAGAGGUAUAUUGAUAUUGCACGUCAACUGGGUGGCAUCGGGGCGGUGUUCUGCCUUCCGUUGGAGAUACCAUACUCGACAUACGAGAGAUAUCUUACCAAGACAGAUCAAGAUGUUCUCCAUCACCUCAUCCUCAGACUGCAAGACGAAUUCAAGAGCUACAAGGACUUUGUGCAAAACCUGAUUAUAAGUACUUUGCAGUCUUCGUACCUCGAUCUCUCCGUAGACUUCGGAGACGUGCUCCCGGAUUCAGACCACAUGCUCCUGCUCAUCCACGCUCUUGGCAGCUCCGACGUCCCCGAUCUCCUACUCAGGAGCACAUGUCAGCCGCAACGGCGAUGGAACGACGACGGCCAUAUUCAAAAAGUCGAGGCUCUUGAGUUUGGCCUCGAUCCAGAGCUUCGGUUGUUGAAAGAUGGCACGGCCACUUGGUCUCUUGGCUCUGAAUUGAGUCUCGCUCUCUCUAACUCCUUGUCUCAUGAGACAGUGGCAAAGUGGAAAGCCUCAGCCCUGAGGUUGAUUUGCUUUGCUUGUCCUCCGAACUACGAAGAUACUCUCCCGUGGUCAACGGAAUCCAGGAAGGCCCUGUGGGCACUGGUGGACGAGUUAACAUGUCAGGAGACAACAUCCUUGCCUCUCAGAAACCAUGUGCUAGAGGCACUCUUACUUUUCGCCGAGAACGGUCCUCUGGAUGUCCGUCGUAUCGCGGCCGAACGAGCCGGCAUGCUGCUACGCAAGGCCACACCGGAUCACCUCCAUGCUUCGGUCGCGCUUUUUCAGAGCAUUAUAUGUCGCCUACAUGCGGGAAGGCUCCAUCUCUCUCGAGUUGAGAACAUGAUUCAACGCCACGAUCGAGGCAUUGCCAAAGUUAUGUUCAAGUGGGAGCCGUUAAAGCCGCUGUCGCCUCUCGAGAGCGAUACCAACCGCAGGCUCCUACUGGCUACGGCCAAGUUCUUUCAGUCCAUAGGCAAAUUUGCAACAGCGCGGGACUCACUACGGAAAUGCCAGGAGUUGCCGUCUACUAAGGAUCGGCCGCUUAUUGUCAGCAGGCUUGCAGACAUAUACUGCGAGCUUGAUGAGUAUGGAAAAGCACAUGCGAUUGCUGAGUCCGAGAUAGACAUCAUGAAAAGGCAUAGAAAGCAAGGCCGGCUACUGAGGCGUCUAGGCCUUUCGUCCGUUGAGGCCGACAUUGGACAAGGCCGGCUGGAGACGGCAGAAAGAUCACUUGAGGAGUUGGUCAAUGUUGAGACCAAACAUCGACUGGAUAUUAACGACCAGCUGCUCCGCGUUCGCGCUCUCAUGGCCCGAGCGCGCAUUUCCCAUUAUCAAGGUCAGUACGUCGAAGCUCUUGGGCGAUGGAGAAUGGCUUUGCAUGAUGCACGACAGCACGCCAGCUUCAAGAACGGCCGUGGUUUCACCACAGCCAUUAUUUAUCUUUCCAUUGCUCAUGCUCAACUCAAAACCGGGGAUAGACAAGGCGGAAGACAGUCGUGGGAAUUUGCAGUGGGGAUACUGAGGAACGAAAGGUGUGACUACUGGAUUCCAACUGUUGCCACAAAAUGGUUUUCGAGGAUCGUCAACGAAGUUCGCGACUUGCAGGGCUGGCCGGUGUGUAUCAUGGCACCAGAUGAUCUGGAAUGCAAUCAUGUGCAGUAG